ACCACCGCAGCCUCAAUGGCAGGGGACAACACGUCCUCAGCGGACUUCACCCUUGGGGGGCUGUUCGGCACGGAGGAGACUGGAGGCCUCGUCUUCGCGGUCGUCUGCAUCGUCUUCUUCACGGCUCUGACGGCCAAUGGGGUCAUGGUCGUGCUGAUCCGUGCUGACGCGCGCCUGCACACGCCCAUGUACUUCCUGCUCAGCCACCUGUCGCUCAUCGACAUGCUGUACAUCUCCACCAUUGUGCCCAAGAUGCUGGUGGACUACCUGCGGGGCCAGAGGACCAUCUCCUUCGCGGGCUGCACCGCGCAGCACUUCCUCUACCUGACGCUGGUGGGCGCCGAGUUCUUCUUGCUGGGCCUCAUGGCCUACGACCGCUACGUGGCCAUCUGCAGCCCGCUGCGCUACCCGGUGCUCAUGAGCCGCCGCGUCUGCUGGCUGAUCGUCGCGGGGUCCUGGCUGGGGGGCUCGCUGGACGGCUUCCUGCUCACGCCCAUCACCAUGAGCUUCCCCUUCUGCGGCUCCCGGGACAUCGACCACUUCUUCUGCGAGGCGCCCGCGGUGCUGAGGCUGGCGUGCGCGGACACGGCGCUCUACGAGACGGUGAUGUACGCGUGCUGCGUGCUGAUGCUGCUGACGCCGUCCUCGGUGGUGGUCGCCUCCUACGCGCGGAUCCUGGCCGCAGUCCACCGCAUGAGCUCGGCCGAGGGGAGGAGGAAGGCCUUCGCCACCUGCUCAUCCCACAUGAUCGUGGUGACCUUGUUCUACGGGGCCGCCAUGUACACCUACAUGGUGCCGCAGGCUUACCACCAGCCAGCGCAGGACAAAGUCUUCUCCGUCUUCUACACCAUCCUCACGCCCAUGCUGAACCCGCUCAUCUACAGCCUGAGGAACAAGGACGUGGCCGGCGCUCUGCAGAGGGCCCUGCGGAGACUCCGGGGCUCUCAAAGAGUGUCCCGAGAGGCCUUCUGACUGCCAGCUCUGGUCGUGUGGAUGGCAAUGGGAACCCUGGCUUGGUGGCCGGGCUCCCCCUGCAGGAAUGAACUGGAGGAAAGGGUUCAGCUGUGCAGGAGGAAAGCAGCUGACUUGAAAGUGUGUCCCCUGUACUUCCCUCUCUCAGCUCUUUUUCUGUUCUUAAC